AUGGAGGCGGCCCACAUGGCGGCCACCGCCAUCCUCAACCUGUCCACCAGGUGCAGGGAGCUCCCUCUGGCUCUGGGGGGGAAACCCCAAGACCUGCUGACUCAGAUCUCAGCGGUUCACUUGAAUCCCGUGGGCGUCAUGGAGGACGGCGGCGGCGGCGCGGUGGCCGUGACUGGGCCGCCCGGCGGGCCGGAGGGCGGCGGCUCGGUGCUGACCCCCCUGGAGCCCAUGUCCCCCCACAGGCAGGCGCUGCUCAGCAGCCGCUGCUACCAGCUGAGCGACGCCGACUGCUGGGACCUGCCGGUGGACUAUACCAAGAUCAAACGCCUGGGGGACGAGCCCGACCACAAGGAGUCUUCGUAUUUCUCGUCCCUGCACCAGGGCGGCGAGAUGGACCCGUUCCAGGAGCUGCUGGACGAGCAGCGCUACCCGUCAGAGGUCUCCAUGCCGAGCCCCAAACACCACAAGUACCCGUCCUGUAAGGAGAGCAAGAAGGAGCUCAUCACGUUGUCGAGCUGCCAGCUGGCCGACAAGAACAUCCGCGGGAUGAUGACGACCAACUCUCAGGACCUCAGGUGUCCGGUGCCCGGCUGCGACGGCCAGGGUCACGUGACGGGGAAGUACGCCUCCCACCGCAGCGCGUCGGGCUGCCCCCUGGCGGCCAAGAGGCAGAAGGACAGCUACGUGGACGGCUCGCAGUUCGUCUGGAAGUCCGGCAAGACGGACGGCAUGAGCUGCCCGACGCCCGGCUGCGACGGCUCGGGUCACGUCAGCGGGAGCUUCCUGACCCACCGGAGCCUCUCCGGGUGUCCCCGGGCCACGUCGGCCAUGAAGAAGGCCCGGAUGAGCGGCGUGGAGAUGUUGACAAUCAAGCAAAGAGCGAGCAAAGGCAUCGAAAACGACGAAGAAAUCAAACAGCUGGAUGAAGAAAUCAAAGAUCUGAACGAGUCCAACACUCAAGGGGAGUCGGACAUGAUAAAGCUGAGGACACAAAUCACGACCAUGGAGAGCAGCCUGAAGUCCAUCGAGGACGAGAACAAGGUGAUCGAGCAGCAGAACGACUCGCUGCUGCACGAGCUGGCCAACCUCAGCCAGUCGCUCAUCAACAGCCUGGCCAACAUCCAGCUGCCACACAUGGAGCCAAUGAAUGAGCAGAACUUUGACACGUAUGUGAGUACCUUGACGGACAUGUACACUCACCAGGACCAGUACCAGAGCCCGGAGAACAAGGCGCUGCUCGAGAACAUCAAGCAGGCCGUUCAGGGUAUCCAGGUUUAGCUCGGAAUGAGGCCAAAAUCAACAAAUGCAAAGCAAAAACAAAAACAACAACAACAACAGAAAAAAAGUCCAAAAGAAGGGAGUGGGUUGUUCUUUGCUGCUGUAGUCUAAACAUAGUUAUUUGAAUGAUUCUGCUGUUAUGCUCUCAACUCCAUGGGUAUUUCUCUUUUUAUUUAUUUAAUAUUAUUAUUAUUAGGGUCCUCUAAGACUUCGUCGUAGAGGAACCUAUUGUUAUUGUAAUUUUAAUUGUCGUUGUCUUGCUUUGAAAAACAAAUUCCGGCGUUUUUAAAACGAACAUUCAACGUUUUGUACAUUUUCAUAUGACCUAAUAUAAUGUGAUGUACUGUUUAUAGCUGCUAAUUUAUGCACAUUCUAGUGUAUAUGUAUUUAUUUAUUGUAAGCUUGGAUAAUUUCUUAAUUUUUGAACACGAUGCAUUAAAAAAAAAACGUCACGGGUUUAACGGAGAAGGGGCGGGGCCUCAAGAGUGGGGAGGGGCCUGAAGAGCAAUCAUUUACAGAGAGGCCGGAGGUCGUUUAACGGGUUCAUUCAUUGUUUUGGUAAUGUUCGAACGUGGAUAUUAAUAUUAAUGUAACUCUAAAAAUCACCAGAAGAACCAACGCUGUAAGCGAGAAGAUCUUCAAACAUCAUGACACGGAAACUUAGCGGUGCAAAUCCCAUCCCCCCCUUUCGGAGUUGUCUCGCUCUGAAAAAAAGAAAAGAAAAAAAGACAAACGUGGAGACAAUCUGCCAUCCUGAAAUUUCUUUUUAAAUCAUCGACCUCGAACUCGCUGUUCGGACAACGUGUCAGCAAUAUUGGUAUGAUAAUCUUAAAAAUCGUUUGGAAUAUGGGAUGCAAUCUAUAUAUGAGAAGAAGAAGAAGGGAAAAAAAUGUUUGGGUAUAUGCAAUUUUCUUAUGAAUAAAACUUAGCAGAGAGCUGGUAGAUCUUUUUACUAAAUAUAAAUGUAUUGCGUUUUGUACAAAAACCUUUUACUACAAUCAUGUUUUUGGGGAAUCGGACCCUCGGUUCCGUCACGGUCGACUUUGCACAGGGACACCGUCGUUUCCAUGUUUUGAUGUUUUUAAUUGGCCGGCGGCGGGAAAAAGGAAUAUUUGUAAAGAUAUGUUUUUUUUGUUGUUGUUUAUUUUCCAAAAAUGUGUGACGGCUCCACCGGACUUACAGGGUCAAACGUCCCCCCCAUCCGUCAUUGUAUAUUGCACUCUGUCCAAUCACGCGUCCCCACAACCGGGAACGCGGCCGCCAGAUGACGUGGCCACCGAGCGGCUUUUUUUUUUUUUUGCCGGAUUAUUUUAUGAUUGCAAAUCUAAAAAGAUGAAUAAAAAAAAAAGAAGAAGAAGCGUAGAGCCAGACGUCUGCGCACUGAACUCGCCGACUUGAGUGUUUUUCUUCGCCGGACUGACGGGACGAUGUUUUUUCCGAACGCCGUCGAUCAUGCAUGCACUUUACUGGAGUAUGUCAAGUAUUAUCACGUGGUAAACAUGAAGCAAAAAACUGUACAGCGAGUUUGUGGAAACUGACUUUGAGGAGACUUUGUGCUGAUGGAGAGAAACCUGGAGGGACUUGAGUGGAAUGGAUAUUUGAAGGAAAAACUCCCCCUGGUGGUCACCUGGAGUACUGCGGAGCUCCCGUCUGAAGCGGGACGCUCGGUUGUUUCUGAAACAUGUUUGAAAACGCGAAUGCAUCGUUUAAGAUGAGCUCUCUAUUCUGUCGACGCGCAGCCUUUUAUUUUGGGGAUAUCGCUGCCUUUAAGUCGAAAUUAAGAAAACGUUACGUUAGAACAACACGAGGACGGAACGUGGAAAAAAGAUAAUUUAUUUGAAAUGAACGACUAUGUUUUUGCAAACCAGCCCGUGUUCAUAGAAGCUGGAGGGGGAGAUGUAAACUGCAACUCCCAUGAUGCAUUUCAAGGUGACUCAUCCAAUCAGAAAGCUUAGAAUUCUAUUUGGUGCACCUGUCGUUAAAAACAAGUGGAAACUAACGAUUUUUCUUUUAAAUUAUUGGU